ACACGUACCAAGGUGUGUACUGUAUAUACACACAUACUCUUUAACUAUCGGUUGAGGUAACUUGCUCUGAUGACAAAGGUACUGUUAUUAUCUUCCGGGUCUUUACUGCGACGUGUGGAUAUUGUACAAACCGAAAGACCUCAUGACGUGUGUUGAAAAUAUAAACUAUCGAUCCGUAACGUGCUAUCUAAAUGUCAGAAAAUAUGGCGGACGAGAGAGUUGAGGAACAAAUUGAGACCUCUGAAGGUGUUAUCCCAGGGGGAGAGGAUGUAGCCGGGACUCGACGCCGUUCCUCCUCGGGAACCGACAAACCGAUCGUGGCUGCCAUAGACUUCGGCACGACGUACUCCGGAUACGCUUUCACCUUCAGGAGCGAGUAUGAAAAGUCAGCUGGGGCCCGGGAGAUAUUCAGUAACAGAUGGUCAUCCAACGUGGGGGCGCUCCUGUCGGCCAAGGCCCCUACCACCGCCCUGUUUGACCCAGAAAUGACCUUCCACUCCUUCGGGUACGAGGCUGAGGAGAAGUACGCGGAUCUGAUCCAAGAAAAACAACAGAAAGAGUGGCAUUGUUUCAGGAGGUUCAAGAUGAAGCUUCACGACAGACUGAUAUUGAGACGCGAGUUAGAAAUCACGGAUGAAGCUGGGCGCCUGUUUCCCGCCAAAAAGGUGUUCGCUGAGAGCAUCCGGUAUCUGCGCAAUGAGGUGGUGGCUACGAUUGAGAAACGGAAUCCUAUGAAGAACAAGGACAUGAUCCACUGGGUGCUCACAAUUCCGGCUAUCUGGACCGAGCCCGCUAAACAGUUCAUGCGCGAGGCAGCAACUGAGGCGGGAAUCCCCACAGCAGACCUACAGAUUGCUCUUGAGCCGGAGGCUGCUGCGGUCUAUUGUCGCUCCCUCCCAGAAGGCACGUUGGUCGACUCCCAAGACCGUGAGGUGACGGACGCCUUCCGGCCGGGCGGAUCAUACAUGAUUGUCGACCUGGGAGGUGGUACGGUGGACACGACGGUACACGAGGUGGCCGAGGACGGCCGACUGAUGGAGGUCCGACAAGCGUCCGGCGGACCCUGGGGAGGAACCUCUGUCGACGACACGUUCUACGAUUUUGUCGUCAAAAAAUUUGGCAAGGAUUUCAUCGAACAAUUCCGAAUCGAGAGGGCGAGUGAAUGGAUGAAGUUAUCCUGUGAGUUUGAAACACAGAAAAGGAAACUGAAAUAUGACACCAACUACAACAUAAAGAUAGAGAUACCCCAACGUCUUAUCGCCGAGAGUAACUUAAAAGUAACGGACAUACAAUCAUACAAUAAACUGAGCAUAGAAAACGACGAAUUCAAGAAUUUCUUCCGCCCUUCCACAGACGAUAUCGUUACACACAUCCAGUCGAUUCUGUCGGAAGUAAGUCAUGUUGAUCUCAUUUUAUUGGUUGGUGGGUUUUCUACUUCCGGUUACGUUAGCCGUGUCAUUAUGGACGCAUUCCCAGACAAACGGGUGGUAGUUCCGCUCCAGGCAGAAGUGGCUGUCAUGUAUGGUGCCGUGUUGUGUGGGUUCGAACCUUUAGUCAUCAGUUCUAGAGUUUGCCGACACACCUAUGGAAUCGACGUCUUCGAGGAUUUCCGAGAAGGGUAUCAUCAAUCCAGGUACAAGGAGAUGAUUGACGGUUCACCAUGCUGUGUCAACGUGUUCAGUGUCCUUGUAAAGGAAGGGGAAGCCAUAGGCACGUCCGAAACGCGUAAGCGCACGUACUCCUCCACUCAUCGAGAUGAAGACAGACGGUACCUGAUAAUGGAAGUGCCGGUGUUUGCCUCAAAGAAUGUCUGCCCCAUAUACACAACGGAAGGGUCCUGUGUGGCCCUCGGCCGCGUCCAGGUGGAGCCCCCCGCGGACGGAUGGCCACUGGAAGUCCACUACACUGUUCACAUGUUCUUUGGCCAGACCGAGUUUAAGGUUGUCGUGACAAACGACGUCAGUGGACAGGAGUAUAACGCCAGCUUUGACUGUCUGAAAUGACGAUGCAAUAUUCAUGCUGAAUCAUGCUGUCUACAUAGUGUGUCAUGUUAUAUUAUCACUCACUUUCCCUACUUAUCUUACAAAACGGAUCUGCAAGAUUUGUCGUAGAACCGAUUUUGAACUUUAUUGUUUUGAAAAUGUUAUUUAAUAGCUUACAUUUAUUUACAUACCGUGAUAAUUAUUGAACGUAAUAUUUACAUGAGCCAAUUUAGAUAUUGUAGAUUAUUUUGUAUUUUUGUUUCUCGUGAUUUUAAGUGAACGUCUGUGAUAUACUUCAUACAAAACCUACUUCAUGUCUACUAAAUAAAUACUUUGAUUGUGAUAUCAGAUCCGUCCACAACAAUAUCAUUACCUUGUCAAUUUAGAAAACAAAUAUAUCUGUCUGUUACCUCUGUUUAUAAAGAUAUAGAAAAAACGAA